AUCAGCGAGGUCCGCGUGCUGGAGAACGUGUGGAUCCCCGUGGACGCCUCCACGCGCUUGUCCGCCCGAAUUUGGCUGCCGCAGCCCCCCACUACUGAUACCAAGUACUCGGUCGUGCUCGAGUACAUUCCGUACCGGAAGUCGGACUGGACGUCCACGCGGGACGCGCGCAACCACGUCUGGCUGGCGCAACGCGGCUUUGCAGUGGCGCGCGUGGACAUCCGAGGCUCCGGCAACAGCGAGGGCCACUACUAUGGCGAGUACACGCUGCAGGAGCUGCAGGACGGGGUCAAGGUCAUCGAGUGGCUCGCGGCUCAGAGCUGGUGCACGGGUCGCGUGGGUGUCUUCGGCAAGAGCUGGGGAGGCUUCAAUGGGCUGCAGUUGGCUGCAAUGGCUCCACCCGCUCUACGCGGUGUGGUGUCGCUCUACUCCAUUGACGACCGCAGUGCAGACGACGUGCACUACAUGGGAGGAGCCGUGUUGGGCUCUGAGGCGUUGAGUUGGGCUACCGUCAUGUUUAGCUUGAACGGGUUGCCCAUGGCGCCAGAGACCGUGGGCUGGGAGGACGAGUGGAAGGCUCGAUGGCGAGAGAGGCUGGGCAAGCAGUUCCCGUGGCUGCACGAGUGGCUCGCGCACCAGACUCGAGACGAAUUCUGGGAGCACGGAUCCAUCUGCGAGUCGUACGACACGGUGACGUGUCCGGUGCUAGAGAUCGGCGGCUGGAACGACGGGUACUUCAACGGGGUGGCGCGGAUGGUCAAGGGCAUGAAGAAUUCGCCGAGCAAAGGCGUCAUCGGACCGUGGAGUCACAACUGGCCGAACCACGCGACACCAGGGCCUCAGAUCGGAUUCCUGGAAAUGUGUCGGCAGUGGUGGGAGCACUCAUUGAACGGCAAGAUGGACGAGGCCGCGGCCAAGUUCCCAGACCUGCAGUUGUUCAUCAAGGACGAGAUCGAGAACCCAACGGCCAGAAUUCUAGAGUACCCUGGCAAGUGGUGCGGCGUGGACGACGUCGACAAGCUGGAACAGAAGUGGGUGACGUUCUACUGCUCAAGUGAAGGGGGUUAUAAGCUCCGGGGUGAGGCUGAGCAGCCCAAUUCCAACGAACGUCCCAUCGCGUUGAACAGUCUGCAGGGCGCGUGGAGCGGCGAGUGGCUGUCGUUUGGUGGUGAGGAUAUGCCGGGUAACCAAGCGAGUGAGGACGCGAUAGCGACGACCUGGUCCACUGGCCCGCUAGAAGAAGACAUUGAGAUCGUCGGUCGGCCUGAGAUCAGUCUGUUCGUCAAGUCCGACAAGCCCCAGGCGCUCAUCAUGGCGCGUCUGAGCGACGUUUCUCCUUCGGGCAAGUCGACGCUGAUCACGCGUGGCGUGGAGAAUCUGAGCCACCGCCACGGCCACAAGCUCGAGCAGUUGGAGCACAUGCCUAUUGGCGUGGGGACUCGAGUCACAUGGCAACUCAACGCGUGCGCGUACACACUGCGCGCCGGCCACACGCUGGUGCUCUCGCUCACGCCCAACUACUGGCCCAUGGUGUGGCCGUCCCCCGAGCCAGUGGAGCUCAAGGUCUCCUUUGCUGAGGCCAAUGUGCUUAAGCUCCCUGUUUUGCCCGAGGGUCCUGCUCCGAGUGAUAAUGCAGCCAAGUGUCCUGUGGAGGAGUAUCCGCUGGAUGCGGGAACGCCGUCACGCACGAUUUCACUGCGGGAGGCGCUGCCGCUGGAGCGCAACCUGACGCUGUUUCUGUCCGAGACGGACUCGUCUCAGCCCAUGCAGCAACUCGUGGUCAAAGAAGAUCAAGGCAAGGACUUGCUGGUCGACGAAGGGAUCGCGAUGGAGGAGACAGCCACCAAGACGUACACCAUCGACCCGCAGUGCCUCCGCCCGCGCGUCAGCAUCCAGCGCACGCUCACGUACGAGAAACUGCCGUCAAAUGUCCACAGUGAGCUUCUGGCCAAGUUCGCCGACCAAGUGGCUGCAGCGACUCAAAUCGACGACCUCAAGCUGGAACGCACCGACUUCGCUGAGCACCCGGUGCUGCCGUGGAAGGUCAAGGUGGAGACGGACAACUCUAUGGCUUCCGACGCGAACUCAUUCUUCCUUAAAGACCGCAUGAUCGUGCGUCUGAACGACGAGGUUUUCUUCGAGAAGAACUGGGAGAAGGAGAUCCCUCGGGUCUUCCUC